GUCUUCUGGUCCAGUGGUCUUAGCGACUUCCAUAUUCUGAGGUUGUUGUUCGGUCCCGGGUUCGAUUCUCGCCGUGUGGCGAGUAUUCUGACUCGGAGUCUGAGCUUCAACCAAGGAAUAUAGGGAGCCGCCAAAGGCCACUACCGGGAGACCGACUCACCCUUUGUGGCAAGAAACUAUCGUGACAAUGAGCUCUUUUACGAACAAAAUCGCCAUUUUCUCGACCCUUAAGCCUCCGCGUACCUUCUCUCUUCAUAGUUUUCUUCCAAAAACGUUUUCACGUGACCAGUCUUUUCUAGCAAGCGGUUGCCGGUCACCUGCUACCUCUUGUCGCAAAGGACAUUCACUUAAACCAACGACUCUGUGCAUAUUGCCUGAGUCUGUUUUAACAUAGCGUUCAGAGCUGAGGGCAGAAAAUUUGAACUCCUUUCCUUCAUUCACUUCUCGAGACGCGCAUUCAAGCAGGGUUAGUUGCAGUUCUGCUGUGGUUCCUGAGAACAGUAGCAGAAAGUUUGGGAAAAUGCAUUUGCGCAGUUAGUCGUUACUUUCUCUUUGGUCAAGCCCAGCUUAUAAAGAGUGAGCAGGUGAUGGUAAUUUGGCCCCUGAACCAACU